GUGAGCAAACUAUUUCAAUCGGUCCCAAAAUGUUCUUUAAAAGUGCACUAUUCCUCACGUGUCUCACUGCAAUCUCCUGUUCGAAACAAGCCCGCAUCUUUGGAGGCCAACAGAAGGUGGAACCAGGUGAAUUUCCGAACAACGCACUAAUCCACAUUCGCCAGCCGCUGCAAACGACUUUGAAAUCCUUCUGCGGAUCAAUUUUAUCGGAAAAGUUGAUCCUCGUCGCAGCCCAUUCCACCUACAGCGAUCUAGCUCAUCCGGAGAGGUUCGAGGUUAUCGCCGGAAAGUAUGAUCUUUUGCAGUGGAGCAGCACGGAACAGGUGCGCAAAGUACGGAUCGUGAUCAAGCAUCCCGACUAUGACCACUUUGUCAAGGGGAUGCACGAUGUGGCGGUGCUAGUCUUGACCAGAUCGCUUGAUUUUAAUGUGUUCAUACAACCGGUUGCUUUGAUGGACAGUUUGGACUAUCCCACUGGUGUUGGCAUGGUAACGGGGUACGGAGUGAUCGAACCGAGCGGAACGAAAGCUAGCUAUCUUACGAAAUUGUCGGUGAACAUCCUAACACAAGCUGCUUGCACCAACGGCGACUCAUUGUGGAACCCCACGUUGUUUUGCAGCGACCCGGGAACAUGUGACGGGGACUCGGGUGCUCCUCUAUUUCAACGGCACGGUGAUAAAUGGGUCCAAAUUGGGUUGGUUUCGUUCGGAUCGCAAUGCGCUUUUUACGGAUCUCCAACGUACUACACCUUUCUGGGGAGAUACCUGAACUGGAUCAACGAAACCAUGGUGAGCAUCAAGGACAACGAUGGCAACGGUACUGAUCGACCGAAUAUUGCGGGUGCUCCUUUGGUAGGGAUUAUAGCAGUGACUUGUUCGAAAAUAAUAAUUGGUUUACUGACAUUUUAGUUCGCUUAUCUAAAGUGCAAUAAA